CGCUUUCUCCCCAUGCUAUCCAUCAUUGCUAUGGUUUAGCCCAUCCCUCAAACAACUGUGCGACGCGCGCCCGCGCACUCGGAGCUGCGACCGCCGAGCGUGAUGAAGGUCCUUCAACUCCCCCCGAGCCUGCUGUUGGCUAUCUUCUCGUACUCGCCUAGCAUCGAAGCGACACCGACCAUUCCACCACAAAGCGCCUACUUCCCAAACAAGACCAGUGCAUUGCCUUCAAGUGGAUCUGGCUCCUCAUACGCCACUGCUUGCCGGGACGCAAUAACUUCUUACUUCGCGGGAUCCUCAGCAUGGGCGAAGUCAGUUCAGUAUGUCUCCAAUACAACGCAAUUGGAAGGCGGUACCUCCAUUUCCACAUAUACGCUUUAUGAAAAUGCCACGACGCUAUGUGACAUGCACCCGCGUGUUACCUAUUCACCCGCCAUACCAAUUGGGACCGUGACGUCGACGUAUCCUGGUCCGAUCACUGGCACGACCACCAUCGUGUAUACGCUUGGGACCGGUCAAUAUCCAUCACCUUCACCAACAUGCCGGAUCAGCCCAAAGGACUGUGAUCCGUUGUGGGCUGAUUACAGCAAGUCUCUGUUGGCAGCGUCGACCAUGACUGCACCUCCGAUGACUGCACCUACAAUGACUGCACCUACGAUGACUGCGCCUCCAGCUUUGGUGACCCCUCCCUGUUUGAACCAAAGCGCAGCAGCCGCCUACUCUUCGGCGACGGAAAUGAUAUACGGCUGUGGUCAAUGUACCAUCUAUGGUAAUGGCGUAGAGCUUGUUUACUUCCCAACAUCCGCGGAACGUGACCUGUGCGCAUCGACACCGACCGCCAGUCUGACCCAUUAUGGACCGGGAGCUGUAAUUACCGCGUACGCUGGCAAAAACUAUCAAGGUCCACAUGCUGCCAAUGGCUCGAAAACAGUUGUGGUCGAUGGCCAUACAUUCACUUCAGGCACUGCAUACAUCUCCAUCUCGGAAGUCUAUGCAGUAAAUCGCUGCUCGAGCACGCGUGGCACGAUUGUGACUGACGCAAUUCUAGCGAUGCCGUCUGAGUCUGUUCUGAGCCUGAGAUAUUCUCAGGAUCGUCUCCAGGGUCUGAUGGAGACAGACACGGUCACAGGGUACUGUUGA